AUGGCACGCCCUACAGCAAUCGUUAUCGGGGCUGGAGCAGGCGGCAUAGGCGUUGCUGCUCGGCUGGCAAAGAACGGGUUUCAUGUCACUGUGGUGGAAAAGAAUAAUUCGAUCGGCGGUAGAUGCUCCCUACUUCAUCAUAAGGACUAUAGGUUUGAUCAGGGUCCAUCCCUCCUUUUAAUGCCAGAGCUUUUCGAGGAAAUAUUCGAAGAUCUGGAUACAACUUUGGAGAAGGAAUAUGUGGAGCUGAAGAAGUGCAACCCAAACUAUCGGAUCUGGUUUCCGGAUCAACAAACAAUCGAUUUGUCCUCUGAUUUGACUCAUAUGAAACAUGAGGUAGAACGUUUUGAGGGCAAGCAAUCCUUUGCCAGAUUCCUGGAUUUUCUACGAGAAGCUGGCCAUCACUAUAGGUUGUCAGUUUCCCUUGUCCUUCGAAGCAAUUUCCUAAGUCUCUGGAAUAUGCUCCGGCCCAAUCUUCUUUGCUCUCUCUGCAGCUUGCAUCCAUUCGAGAGCAUCCAUUCCCGAGCCAGUCGAUAUUUCCGCUCGAGGCAGCUACAGCAGGCUUUCACAUUUGGGAGCAUGUACUUGGGUAUGAGUCCGUUUGACGCUCCCGCAACCUAUUCUUUGUUGCAGUACGCUGAGAUUGUGGAUGGAAUAUGGUAUCCCAUCGGGGGGUUUCAAACGGUCCUGGAAUCCUUGGCCCGUGUAGGGACUCGUUUGGGUGUCCAAUACCGACUAAACUGCCCGGUCUCCACCAUAAAGCUCUCCGAGGACCAAAGAACGGCAGAGGGUGUCGUUUUAAGAUCUGGAGAAGUGAUAAAUGCUGACGUGGUGAUCGUCAAUGCUGACCUGACAUAUGCCUACAAUCACCUACUUCCCCCGUCGAAAUAUGCAAAAAGUUUGAAGAGUCGACAGACGUCGUGCAGCAGCAUUUCGUUCUUCUGGUCGCUUGAUACUACCAUUCCAGCCCUUCAGAACCACAAUGUCUUCUUGGCAGAAGAGUAUCGAGAAAGCUUUGAUGCUAUAUUCAAGGAACUCUGCAUGCCGGCGGAGCCCUCAUUCUAUGUGCAUGUUCCUAAUCGCUUGGACCCUUCAGCAUCCCCGGAAGGCAAGGACGCCGUCGUAGUACUCGUGCCUGUCGGCCAUCUUAGUGGUGAGAAUGGCAAUAUCACAAGUUCAACAAAAUAUUGGGAUUCAGUCGUCACAAAAGCUCGGAGCCAGGUGCUAGAAAUCAUUGAAAGGCGGACAGGUGUUUCUGACCUAAACCAGAAGAUAAUACACGAAAUGAUUGAGACCCCUUUAUCCUGGAGGAGCAAAUAUAAUCUCGAUCGCGGAGCUAUUCUGGGUCUCUCGCAUUCCUUUUUCAAUGUCCUCAGCUUUCGGCCCAGGAAUCGCCACGCAGAUAUUAAUGGCCUUUACUUUGUUGGUGCAAGCACUCAUCCAGGAACUGGUGUUCCCAUCUGUUUGGCCGGUAGCAAGCUACUGUCCAACAUCGUUAGUGUACCGUUAGCAAACGACAGCCACAGAAAGAUGUAUCAUCGAGAACAUAAAUGA